AUGAAGUUCUCUACUGUCGCUACUUCCGUCCUCGCGGUCGCCGCCGAAGCCACCGCCAACCACCCCGAGGUCACUCCAGGCUCCAAAACGACGUUGACAGCUACCUUCCAUAGGAGGUUCACCGCCAUUAGCCCUCUUUAUCCCAUGGUCAACACCACGAAGACCUAUGGCCCAACUGGCUCUACUGUUCCGACUGACUCCGUCCUCCCUACCACGUCAAGCAGUCAGACUGGCUGCGGUUCUUGCGGUCACUCUACGCACCCAGGUUACUCUAGCCACUCGACUGGCCCUAUCUACACGAGUAGCACUACCAGCUUGACUGGCCCUACCCACUCGACUGACCCUACCUACACGACUGGCACUACCAGCUUGAAUGGCACUGCCCAUGAGACUGGCACUACCAUCUUGACUGGCACUACCAUCACUACCAUCUUGGGUGGCACUACCAUCACUACCAUCUUGGGUGGUACUACCAUCACUACCUGCUCGACUGGCCCUGCCCACGAGACCGGCUCUACCCAUGAGACUGGCACUGCCCACGAGACUGGCACUAUAAUCUUGACUGAAACUACCAUCGUGGGUGGCACCACGAUCACUACCGUCUUGGGCGGCACUACCAUCACUACCUACUCGACUGACCCUAUCCACUCGACUGGCCCUACUCCCUCAACUGGCCCUACCCUAUCGACUGGCCCUACCCGAUCGACUGGCCCUGCCCAUGAGACUGGUACUGCCCACGGGACUGGUACUUCUCACGAGACUGGCACUGCCCACGAGACUGGUACUGCUCACCAAACGACUGGCCCUGCCCAUGAGACUGGUCCUGCCCAUGAGACUGGCCCUGCCCAUGAGACUGGUACUACUCACCAAACAACUGGUACUUCUCACGAGACUGGUACUGCUCACCAGACGACUGGUACUGCCCACGAGACUGGCACUUCCAGCUCCCACUUGCCAUCUCCCACCAGCAAGGGCAGCGACGACCAACCCCCGGAUCCCGCUCCCACCGGUGCCGCUGCCUCCGCCAGCAUUCCGGCUGGAGCCCCGGGUCUCGCCGUCGCCGUCGCGUUCGCCGUCUGGAUGCUCUAG